CCUGAUGCACGGUUCAAAAUUCAGACACUUUAACUUCGUUUUUGUCGGGGACGCCGAAAGCCUAUUAAUCAAAAGUUUGGUCUCUAUUUUUAGCCAUGUUCCAACCACCAAAACCGAAACGAACUCCAAAACACGAGGCAAGAUCAAAUCCAAGAAAACUAGAAUUCAGAAACGAAACCAACUAUUUUUUUCCCUUUAAGGAAUCAUUUUGGGAUCAAUCAACUAAAUGGAGCGGAUUAUGGAAGAUAAAGAGUACAACUACAGAGACGUAACUUUGCCUACAUUUGUCCCAAUAGUUUCAGAGCCAGAGUUAGAGAGGGAAACAGGGGAGAGAAGGAGAGGCAGAGAUAUAGUAAUAGCCGUUGAUCAUGGUCCCAACAGCAAACACGCCUUUGAUUGGGCACUGAUUCACCUUGCCAGGCUUGCCGAUACCAUCCAUCUUGUCCAUGUGGUUUCCAGUGUUAGAAACGAGAUUGUUUAUGAAACCAGUCAAGGGCUCUUGGAGAAGUUAGCUGCGGAGGCUUUUGAGGUUGCCAUGGUGAGGACUACAGCUCGAAUAGUCGAGGGGGAUGCAGGUAAGAUAAUUUGUAAGGAAUCAGAAAGGUUGAAACCAGCAGCAGUGGUUUUAGGAACUCGCGGUAGAAGCUUAAUACGAAGGUUUUUUCCUCCCCCUUUCCCACAUGCUACAUCUUUCUAUGUGGAUGCUUGUGCUUUUGUUACUAUUCCAUUCUGCAAAAUGAGUAAAGGAUCACCCUCUCGUUUCCUUGCUCUUCUCUCAUCCCUUUUAUACUCUUGCCGUGUACUUCAAGGAAGUGUGAGCGAGUAUUGCUUCCACAACUGCAAAUCUGCUCCUGUCAUUAUCGUACCUGCGAAAGAAGCUGGAGAUGAAUCACUGAUUUAGUGGCAUGAACUAACAUGAGAAACUAAUAUUCAUGAGAUUUGUUUCUUUGUAUGAAUUGGCAGUGUUGCUGAGGAACCUAGAAAAUUGUCUAAUCUGGUUUUACCAUACAAUUUUUUGUGUGUAAUUUAUUAUUUGGAUUAUCUGAUUUGCUUGAUUAGCUGAAAUCCAAAUUUUUGUGAAUUGCUUGUCACCUUUUUUGAGGAUAUGUGAAUGCCAUGAUUCCAAAUGUUUUAUGGCUUUUUUUUUUCUUUUCAUGAUUAAUGGAUUUCGGUCAUGCAAAAGGAAAGCGGGGAAAGUGUUUGUCAGAACUGAUAAAUAUACAAGCAAGUAGGCAGCUUAUAUCAGUAGAUGUAAUCAUUUCACGAUCCACAACCUGACCAUGAUUUUACCAUCAAAUUUCUGAUGCAUGUGAGUUGCAUUCUUAACAAGUCAAUGGCUGCAAGCAGUUGCUUCGCUGCAAUAUAUCCUAUCUAAAAUUAACCGUCAACAAGCCCUGUCUUAGAGUUGGAAUGCAAGCCCUUCAUGGAAUGGCUUUCCUAGGCCUUUACCGAACCAUUUGUUCCCAGCUGCAAACGGGCUUACUACCUGGCUAAUUCAGGUAAACUAUAACAAUUCAGGCCUGUUAUCAGGAUUAAGCAGCUUCAGUCUGAUUACAGAAACAUCACUUUCAAAAAAAAGCUUUCAAUUAUAUAUGAAACUUGUCUGGACUGAGGGCUGUGAUUAUUUUCUAGGUCCCAGACCUCGAGCAACUUGUUGUGAACACAAUUUGUGGUUUGAUGUGUCUUGGUCCUACCAUUAAACUAUCAGCAUAAAAAAUGAAUAUUUUCACAUGAACUAGUCUGGUUCUUGUUUU